AUGAGCCCACCCCAAGAACUCGACGCUACGGCCAUUCACCAUGAGCCCAACGUCUACAACGACCCGACGGAUUUGGAGAAGAAAGCUAACGAAUCUCCCCCGGACAAUGACCCCUUUGGCAACGAGGAAUGCGGAGAGGUCCAGUACCGGGUUAUGAAAUGGUGGCACUGCGGAAUGCUCAUGAUUGCUGAGAAUAUUUCUCUGGGGAUUCUGUCUCUCCCCUCCGCAGUCGCAACCUUGGGAAUUGUCCCAGCGCUUAUCAUUCUCCUCGGCAUGUCGGGCAUCUCAUGGUAUACAGGCUAUGUCAUUGGCCAGUUCAAGCUGCGAUACCCCCAAAUUCACAGCAUGGGAGACGCAGGUGAACUGCUUCUCGGCCCUAUCGGACGGGAGAUCUUCGGCAUUGGCCAGCUUUUGUUCUUGAUCUUCCUCAUGUCGAGUCACAUCCUCACUUUCACCGUAUUGUUCAACACUAUCACGAACCACGGGACUUGCAGCAUUGUUUUCGGAGUCGUGGGCUUGGUGGUCAGCUUCAUCGGUGCCCUUCCGCGCACGGUGGGCAAGGUGUACUGGAUGUCGCUUGCCUCCUGCAUUUCUAUCCUGAUUGCUACCAUUGUCACGAUGGUUUCCAUCGGUGUUCAAGCCCCAGAUGACGUCCGGAACGAUAUCACUACCAAGGUCUCCUUCAACGAGGCCUUCUUGGCCGUGACCAACAUUGUUUUUGCCUACAUCGCUCACGUGGCAUUUUUCGGUUUCAUCUCGGAGAUGAGCGACCCUCGUGAUUUCCCCAAGUCGCUCGCCAUGCUUCAGGUUCUGGAUACCUGCAUGUACGUCGUCACCGCCAUGGUCAUCUACUGCUACGCCGGCCCCGACGUUGCCUCUCCUGCUCUCUCCUCCGCCGGCCCCCUGAUGAAGAAGGUCGCCUAUGGUCUGGCCAUUCCGACUGUCAUUAUUGCUGGUGUCGUCUUCGGUCACGUCGCUUGUAAAUACAUCUACGUCCGCAUCUUCCGUGGCACGGUUCACAUGCACCAGAACAGCUUCCUCGCCAUCGGAAGCUGGGUCGGUAUCGCGCUCGGCGUGUGGGUUGUUGCCUGGGUCAUCGCCGAGUCUAUUCCUGUCUUCAACCAGUUGCUGAGUCUUAUCAGCUCUCUUUUCGGCAGUUGGUUCAGUUACGGUCUCCCCGCCAUCUUCUGGCUGUACAUGAACAAGGGCCAAUGGUUCUCCUCUCCUAACAAAAUAUUCCUUACCUGCGUUAACCUGGUUAUUCUGGGUAUUGCCUGUGCAAUCUGCGGUCUCGGUCUCUACGUAUCCGGCAAGGCGAUCCACGAUAGCUCCUCCAAAGCCAGCUGGACCUGCGCCAACAACGCUACCUAG